GUGUACGUCAAAACUCCGCCUGUGAUGGCCUGUUGGGGUGAGCAGAGUUCGCUUGUGAUUGAUGCAAACAGGGUCCUGCCAGUGCUGCUGCACUGUAUCUAUCAGGCUACGUCAGCAGCAAAUCGUCACGGUUGGGCUCCGCUGGUUGCUUGGCUGCCUCUUGGACGAUGCUGCCUUGGUCUUUGGGCGCAAGAAGCCAAAGCCACAACUGGCCACUUCCAAUGCAGAUCGACCCAACAGCACAGCUUCAUCCCUUCCCGAUAG